CGGCGGCGGCGGGUCACGUGAGCAGCGCAGGGCAGCAGAGGCGCGCUGAUUGGCUCCCGCCUCGUCACGUGGGCGGAAGUAAGGGCAAAGGAAGCCAAGAUGGCGGUCUGCAUCGCCGUGAUCGCCAAGGAGAACUAUCCGCUGUACAUCAAGAGCGUCCCGACGGAGAACGAGCUGAAGUUCCACUACACGGUGCACACCUCCCUCGACGUGGUGGACGAGAAGAUUUCGGCCAUGGGCAAGGCCCUGGUGGACCAGAGGGAGCUCUACCUGGGGCUCUUGUACCCCACCGAGGACUACAAGGUAUACGGCUACGUGACCAAUUCCAAGGUGAAGUUUGUGAUGGUGGUGGAUUCUUCCAACACAGCGCUAAGAGACAACGAAAUCCGAAGCAUGUUCAGGAAGCUGCAUAAUUCUUACACAGACGUCAUGUGCAACCCCUUUUAUAACCCCGGGGACCAGAUCCAAUCCAGGGCCUUUGACAACAUGGUGACUUCCAUGAUGGUUCAGGUUUGCUGAAGCUUCCAUCUAGAACACUGCACAUCGCUGUACAUAUUUAUUAUGUCCUGUAUAUAAUAUGUGUUGUUGCUGUCUCAAGUCAUGCUGUGUAAAAUAAAUCCUCUUCACAGUCA